AUGUACGAUUUCAAUCUAGACAUGAAUUCUAUGCUGCCGAAUCGCAGGCUUGAGGCGCCGGAGGACAGGUAUCCGCUCUCGCUAUCGCCAUUUCGGCCUGUGCGCUACGCCGAUCCAGAGCCCCGGACGAGACGGGAAUUAUCCCACGCUGACGUGCUGGGAACUGAAAAUGACCCUUUUCGGCAGCAUCGCAAGGUCAUCGAAGAAAGAAAACGGGAUGAAGCUCUUAGCAUUUUAUCAAAAAUGCAGGAUGAGGAAAUGAGAAAUAACAAAGCGAAAAGUAAUCUACAGUCUAAGCUGAGGACUGAAAGGCGUCCACUGCAAAGGCUCAUGUUUGACGACGACAGCAUUCAGAUUGAACGACAAGUUCGAGAGAAUAUUGAGGCUGAACUUGGGAUGACGUUGAAUCAAGCUAAGACUAUUAUUCAAAGAGUCCGACAAGAGCGAGACCGCGGAGGGAACGGGGAUGAAAGGAAAGAAGGCCAGAAUUCUGUUGAAACACGAUUUGAGACCUAG